AUGUCCUCUUUUCGGAGUGUUCCUGAAUCAUCCUUAAAGACAAACUAUUUGUCUUCUUUGGGCGAAUUGGCAGAAUGGUCUGACCGCAUAAAGGACUGUGUUUACGAACUGGACGAUUUUAAGAAACCAACAGAGCCUCUCGCUGCAUAUAAACGUUCCAAACAAAACAAAACGUCUGAUGACGUCAAGCUGUUGGUGUGCCAUGAUUUCAAAGGCGGGUAUCAGGAAAAUGAAGACGACUCAUUAUUAGGUUAUUUCCCACAUCCCGACGGAAAACACUACUAUCUCCAGUAUCCACAACUGGUGGACAAAUUUGUGUAUUUCUCCCACCAUCGUAUAAGUAUCCCGCCAGCAAGUUGGAUCAACUUUUGCCACAAGAACGGAAUCAAGUGUUUUGGCACAAUCAUAUUUGAAGGAAAUGCAUACACUGACUUUGAAGAACUUGACAAAUUGGUGACGAAGAAAGAUGGGAAGUUCCAGUUCGUGGAUACCCUAUUGAAAUUGGUGGAUUAUUUUCAAUUUGACGGGUUUCUACUUAAUAUAGAGACUCGUUUCAGCAACAUCAAAAUCGCCAGUUUGUUGGAAGCAUUUGUCGAACAGCUGAGAGCCGAGUUGCACGUUCACCGGGCCUCUAAUGAACUUAUCUGGUAUGACUCGUAUAUUUAUCCCGAGAACAAGGUUGUUUACAAGAAUGGAGUCAACGAUCUAAAUUACAACUUCUUCGCCUCCACCGACGCUUUUUUCACCAACUACUGGUGGAACAUGAAACAUCUCCAGGAUAACAUCAAAAACAUUGGACUUUUGGGGUGUUCUAAAAGUGUUUAUGUCGGUUAUGAUGUUUGGGGAAGAGGCACUCUAAUCGGAAAAGGAGGUUACGAUACAGCGAUUGCAUGUCAGAUGAUCAAAAAGUUCCGCUCCAACGUGGCCAUUUUCGCUCCGGCCUGGACUUACGAGUACUUGGGCCGUUCAAAAUUUAUCGAAAACGAUACGCGCUAUUGGAUCGGUUUACACGAUAACGAAUCUUCCAUAGCAACAUCGUUUCAACCACACAACUCGCCGUUGUUGAAGAUAAACGAUUCGAACUUCAUGUUUUACACAAAUUUCAACUCAGGAGAAGGUGUUGCAUUUUACGAGAGCGGGGAAAGAGUGUUCGACAAUCCUUGGGUGAACGGAUCACUGCAGCUAGAACUGCCAUUCAACAUCCAUAAGUCUAACAAAAAUGGCUUGAAAUGGGGGUUGGACAAGUCAGAUUCGUAUCACGGAGGCUCCUGUUUGAAAGUCAAGUAUACUGAGAUCACAGACUCCAAUGGGUACCAGGUAUUUAAUAACACAACAGUGAAUACGUUGCCCUUGUUUUCCUUCCGUCAGGAUUGCGACUCGUUGACAACGUAUGUGAAAGUGACUUACAAGUUGAAUCACAAAAUGGCUUCGUCUUUCAAGUUGAAGGUCAGUUACUAUAUUGAACGUCGAUACAGGAACGUCCAGAAAGUGAGGAGCGGAUGUCUAAUCAUUCCACUAAUGUCUACAACCGGAAAAUGGUUCACUAUUGAGGAGCCUUUGCAUGUGAAGUUACAAACCUCUCACGAGUUCGUGGUGUUGGAUUCUGCUGUUUUAUGUUAUGAGGAGACCGACAACCAGCUUGCGCGCAGCUACGUUAUUGAGGAUUCAUCUCCUUCUUCUGUCAUUGACAAUGAAGAGUACGAAAAACUGAUAAACAGCGAGAUUUAUUUCGACGACGAAGAUGAAGACUGGAUUCUCGUUCCCUCAGAUAUUGCUCUGGAGUCUAUUGAGAAUGGCGGCAAAGAACAAGGUCCACUGCAGGCGAUGGUUAACAAGAUAAGCAAACGCAAAUCGGUUGUUCAAGAUUCUGCCCCGCCUGUUUUGAAGCUCGGAGAGUUGGCGGUUAUUAACGCCAAUGAGUAUCCGUCGUCUUCCUUCUUCAAACUUCCGAUCGUCAAAACUGUUGCUGUGCAGUCUUUGAGCAACCAGUUGCUUUUAACUUGGGAUACUAUUCAACGAUGCGUUUGGUACCAUUUGAUUUUCGUUGAUGAUAAGUUCGUUGGAGUUUCUCUCCAUACACGAUUUUUAUUGGACUACGAUUUCAAAAAGAAGACGGCCAACAAGAACGGCUCGUAUGGACUGAAAGUUCGUGUCGAUAGCAUUAACAGGCUGGGUGUGGCUACAAAAGGAGUUGAUUUAUAUUUGUGA